AUGGGAGGCUUUAAGAAGUAUGAUGCAGAAAACAAGAUCGUGAUUAUAAAGCUUGGUCGAUCGGACGACCCUUUGAUGCACCAGAUCAAUCGCUUUGGGUGUGUGUUGCUCUUCGUUAUAGUCGCCAUUGGCUUAAGUGUUCAACGAUUUGCAAAGUCACCCAUCCAGUGCUGGUGUCCCGCACAGUUCCCGGAUUUUCAAGUAAAUUACAUCAACGACUACUGUUGGGUUCGGAAUACUUAUGUAGUAGAUUUCAAUGAAAGUUUAUCGACAGUUUCAAGCAUCAAGAAGACAAGGAUAAUUCAAUAUUAUCAAUGGAUACCUUUGAUCUUGGUCUUUCAAGCCUUAUCUUUUUUCGCGCCAAGAAUGGUUUGGCUAGCAUGUAGUGGAUAUUCUUUAAACAUAAAGAAGCUUCUGAAAAUGGCCGAUGAUAUUACUUUAUCACAUGGAAACGAUAAACAUGAACUAAUUCAAGCGACCGUACAGUAUUUCAAAAAAUACCUAAAAAAUCAAAACUGUCUAAACAUAAGGUACAGAACAUGGGAGGGGCCCCAGGAACUACUAGCAUCAUAUGGAUUACAUAAAGGUAACGUUUUGGUGUUCAUCUUUUUGAUGACAUCACUGCUGUACGCUAUUUCAACUGUCGGACAAUUUUUUAUGGUGGAUAUUUUACUAGGAAUGGAUUUUAAGACCUUAGGUUUCGAUGUCAUGUCACGUGUGUAUAACGAUAAAACAAUUGGCGAUCACAGAAGAUUUCCCAUCGUAACCUUUUGUGAUUUUUAUAUAAGACAAAUGACAAAUAUACAAAGCUGGACUGUGCAAUGCUCGCUACCAAUCAACCUGUACAGCGAUAUGAUUUUUAUAAUCGAUUGGUUCAUUCUAGUUUUUAUGACAAUCUUAAACUUUGUCUACUUUAUAUACCAUAUUGUCUCAACCAUACUACCAUAUCGGGCAGAAAUCUAUAUUCGAAAGUUUAUGGAAAUAGAUGGAGAGCGAGUUUCAAAAUACCAGACGAUUUCUGAACAUGAACUUGAAAAACAAAGGGAUUUUAUUCAUUGUUAUUUGCGGAGGGAUGGUGUUUUUCUGAUUUGGUUAAUGAGCAAUAAAGUAAAUCCUGUUGUAGCUGGGGAAAUAGUCAACAAUUUAUGGAAGAGCUAUCAAUCAGAAUGAUUUCUUCCAAUCAAUGGAUGUUUCAGAUCAAGCCAAAACAUUGACCAAUCAGAAUAGCUAAUUAUCAUGGUUUAAGA